AUGCCACUCCAAGCUGCUACAGUCUCCAAUCGCAUCGUCCGAAAACGUAAAAGAAAGGACACUGCCAACUCCCCAGAAGAAACCACCGAGUCCGUCCCUCCAUCCAAAAAUACGCCGACACAAACCCUCCCCACUAAAACUCACGAUGGGGGUACGAAACCUAAACGGGUUUCUAAGUCAAAGGCUACUAGACCUACACUCUCCCGCUCAUCGUCGACAUCUUCAACGUCUUCAAAUGCAGUAACUACCACCAUCCCCUGGCCCUCCUCGUUCGUGGCGUGGGAGAAGACGCAUAGAGCGUUGAAUCUGGUAUACACCUUCUGCUCCACACGGAAACACGUCAUCACAACCUUUGACACCAUCAAAACCGCGGUAGAAAGCCAUAUCAAGAAAGACCUGUCAGUAGAAGAUAUAGCUAAAAUCGUAGCUCUACGACCAUCCGGGAUCAAUUUCAGUUAUGUGGAUGAGGCAAUGUUGAUGAUUGACGUCAAAGGCGCGGAGCGAGACGAGACAUUCAAGUCUAGGAAGGGGGAUUGGUUUUCGCAGGGCCCUGCGGCGGAUGCUAGUGUAGGGGGUCUUACGGGGACGCAGAGGCUUGGGGAGCAAGAAGGGGAGGGGAAGGAGGUGUUGUAUUUUGAGUUUGUGGAUGGGGAUUUGAAGAGGCAGGUUGCGAGCAAGAAAACGGGGGAGCCGACGGGGCCGAAUCGGAAGUUGAGGGAUGAGGAGUUGAAGAUGCCGGUUUUUAGUCAGCAGCAGAUGAUGGGGUUGAUUGAGAAGAGGAAUACGAAGUUUGGAUGGGCGGUUAAUGCGUUUCUUAAUCGGUGUGAGGCUGAGAAUUUGGAUCCGGAGGCGACUCUUGAGAAGGAAGCGGAGGGGUUUGUUCCUGUGCCUACCCGUUCUAGAAGUUCGACGCCGAAACCGGAUUUCAGUAUCCUGCCCAAGACGAUACCGAAGGAGAGAAAGUCUGUGGCAGAGAUCGUGACGGAGUUGAAGGAGAGUGAGUGGUAUACAGGUCAGAUUGUUCCGGAUGGCCAUCGUGUUUUUGAUCCCCAGGAGGCGAUUUAUGGAGAUUUGAAUUUCCAGCUCAGUCAGGAUUUGGUUAAUGCACUUUAUAACACCCAGAAUAUCACGCAGUUCUACGCACAUCAAGCGGAAGCUAUCAAUAAUCUUCAUGAUGGCCAUCAUGUUAUUGUAGCGACAUCUACCAGCUCUGGAAAAUCAUUGAUCUAUCAGAUUCCGGUAUUACACGAGCUGGAAAGGGAUCACAAUACGAGAGCAAUGUACAUAUUUCCCACCAAAGCUCUUGCUCAAGAUCAACGAAGAAGUUUGAAAGAGAUGAUGCGCUUCAUGACUGGGCUUGAGGAAACCAUCGUCGAAACCUUCGAUGGAGACACAGCCAUGAAAGACCGCAACCUAAUUCGAGACGAAGGCCGAAUAAUCUUUACCAACCCCGACAUGCUUCAUCUCACCAUCCUCCCAAACGAAGAGAAAUGGCGGACUUUUCUUCAGAACCUCAAAUUCGUAGUCAUGGACGAAAUCCACGUCUACAACGGCCUUUUCGGCUCGCACGUGGCGUUCAUCAUGCGAAGACUGAGACGUAUCUGUGCAGCGGUGGGAAACCGAAAUGUCAAGUUUAUCUCCUGCUCUGCCACGGUUGCGAAUCCCGAAGAUCAUUUUAAGACCAUUUUUGGACUUGAGGAUGUGAAGAUGACGGAUUUUGAUGGGUCCCCGUCCGGGAGGAAGGAGUUCCUUUGUUGGAAUACGCCGUUUAAGGAUCCGGGGGAUCCGACGAGUGGGAGGGGGGAUACUAUUGGGGAGGCGGCACGGUUGUUCUGUCAGUUGAUAUUGAGGGGGGUAAGAGUGAUUGCCUUUUGUCGGGUUAGGAAGUCGUGUGAGGCUCUUGUUGGGGCUGUGAAGCAGGAGCUUUCUACCCUGCAAAGGGCGGAUUGUAUGGCGAGGGUUAUGGGGUAUAGAGGGGGAUAUACACCACAAGACCGACGACGCAUUGAGAGUGAGAUGUUUGAGGGGAAGCUUAUGGGUAUUAUUGCUACUACGGCAUUGGAACUUGGUGUUGAUAUUGGGUCUUUGGAUGCGGUCAUUACGGUUGGCUUCCCAUAUACGAUUGCCAAUUUGAGACAACAGAGUGGACGAGCUGGAAGGAGAAAUAAGGAUUCCCUCUCUGUUCUUAUUGGAGAUUGUUUUCCAACCGAUCAGCAUUAUAUGCAAACUCCAGACGAGAUAUUUACAAAACCCAAUUCCCAGCUCCAAGUCGAUCUCCAGAAUAUGUUAGUACUAGAAGGCCAUGUCCAGUGCGCAGCUUUCGAGAUGCCCAUCCGAGUCGACGAAGACGCCAUCUACUUCCCCAAGAACCUCUCCGAAAUAGCCGAAGAAAGAAUGGUCAAAGACGAUCUAGGCUUCUACCAUUGCAACGAUCGCUUUCGUCCCUACCCCUCGAAACUGGUCGCCAUCAGAGACACAGAAGAAGACCACUUCGCAAUCGUAGACACCACUCACGGCCUAAACACCAUCCUCGAAGAACUAGAGGCCUCCCGCGCCUUCUUCACUCUCUACGACGGGGGCAUCUUCCUACACCAAGGAACCACCUACCUCGUCAAAGAAUUCCUUCCCGAUCGAAAGAUCGCCAAGGUCGAACGUGUGCGAGUCGACUGGACAACACAGCAAAGGGAUUACACAGACAUCGACCCCAUCGAGACGGAAAUGAUCUACCGCAUCCCCACCUCCCUCUCCCGCGCCUUCUACGGCAAAAUCCGGAUCCAGCAAAACGUCUACGGCUUCUUCAAACUCGACAAGAAGCGCCGCAUCCUGGAUGCGGUGCAAGUCGAUAAUCCACCGAUCGUACUGUAUAGUAAAGGCAUGUGGCUCGACGUCCCGAAACUCGCCCUCGAUAUCCUCGUCGAGAAACGUCUUAAUGUCGCUGGUGCUAUUCAUGCAGCCGAACACGCGGUCCUGAGUCUCAUGCCCAACUUUGUUAUUUCUUCCCCCGGCGAUGUGAGGACGGAGUGUAAACUCGCGCAGAAGGAAUUCGCCGCCAAAGAGAGCACGCGUAAACGUCCCGCACGACUCACCUUCUACGACGCCAAAGGAGGCGCCUCUGGGUCCGGAAUCAGCACCAAGGCUUUUGAAUUCGUCAACCUUUUGCUGAAGCAGGCGGUGCGUAGGAUCGAGGGAUGUGGAUGUUGUGUUGAGACGGAGGGCGCGAGGGGGGGUUGUUUGGAGUGUGUUGCUUCUGAGGGUUGUAGACAUGGGAAUGAGGUCCUUUGUAAGGUUGGUGGAGAGGUUAUUCUGAGAUGCUUGCUUGGCAUGGAGGUUGAUGUUGAGAGUCUGCCGAUGGGGGAGGAGGCGGAUCUUGGGGGGGAGACGGUGGUGCUUGCUGAGACUGUGGUUGGGAAGGGAAGGGGCGUGGUGGAGGUGGAGAGGGGGGGUGUGGUUGUUAAGGUGGAGGACGAGGAUUGA